UAUUAGCAUCAUGCGCACCAUCGCGCGAGAAGUUACCAAAGUUCACCUGUAGUACACACCUUACGGACGUUCACCCCUAUUGUUUACCUUUCCGGCCUUAUUUAACACUCUAGUCAUGUGUUUAACCUGAUAGUGGCUGCACCCAUGGGAGCAUGUAGCCAGAAAAGGACACGUUUCUCGACAUUUUGUUAGCUGAAACUAUGCGGUGUACACUGAGGGUGGGUGUGGGGGUGACAGGGGUGUGUGGUGUUCUGCUACUAGGGAUGGGGAUAGGGGCGAUCUUUCUGUUCGACAGUGUAUUGCACGAUCAGAUCAAAAAGAAUGGGGUUAUUAAGCAGGGUUCGUACCUGUACGACCAAUGGAGCAACAUCCCCGUGCCAAUCUUCAUGCAGUUCUGGGUGUGGGACUUACUCAACCCCGAGGAGGUGCUACAGGGGGCGAAGCCUGCCGUCAGACAGAAAGGACCCUACACUUACUCGGAGAGAGUAGUCAAGACAAACAUCACGUUUCACGACAAUGGAACUGUGUCGUAUCUGCAGCCAAGGACUUUCACUUUCCUCAGGAACAUGUCAGUUGGACCAGAGAAUGACACUUUCACCUCCUUAAACAUUCCACUCAUGACCAUAGCAGAACUGAUUGAGAAUGAGAGAGACAUAGUAAAAGACCUGGUGUCAGUUAUAGAGCGGCUGGCCCAGGAGACACUGUUUAUGAAGCUGACUGUGGGAGGACUGGUGUGGGGAUACAACGACUCUCUCCUCGUGGAUGUCGCCAAGCUCGCGCCUGGUCUGCUCCCAUCCACGGAGUUUGGGCUGUUCAUGGGGCGCAAAAUCAAUGGAACAGACGGAGUCUACUCAGUUUACACGGGGGACGGGGAUGUUACUAAGGUCAAUGUUAUUGACACAUGGGACGGACAAAAAGCUCUGAACUACUGGGGUGAUGGUGACCCCUACUGUAACAUGAUCAAUGGAACAGAUGGAAAUUUCUUUCCACCCUUCAUAACUAAAGAUGAGAAAGCCACUUUGUUUUCCACUGACAUUUGCAGGUCAGUUGAAGGAGAGUUUAUCAGAGAGAGUUCUGUUCGAGGGAUCCCCACAUACAGGUACGAGGCACCGGAGAGGCUGUUCCAAAGUGGUGACAUCAACCCUGCCAACAAAUGUUACUGUCAGAACCAGGCCUGUCUACCUUCAGGGCUACUCAACAUCAGUAUAUGUAAACAAGGUGCUCCUGUGAUCAUGUCUUCCCCACACUUCUACUUGGGAGACCAAAGUUUGGUAGAUUCCAUCAUAGGUAUGCACCCAGACCCCGAGCAACACAAAGUGUACUUUGAAGUGGAACCGUUGACAGGGUUUCCUAUGAAUGUUGCCAAGCGCCUCCAAAUAAAUAUAUACGUCAGGAAAGUAGAACACAUUCUGCAAACUGGUAAUGUAAGGGAGAUGUUCUACCCAAUACUCUGGCUCAACGAGAGUACGUUUAUAGACCCAGUCAAUGCUGACAAGUUCAAGUCCCAAGUUACAAACAACAUCAAACUGAUGUAUGGAGUGGAGUAUGGGAUGAUAGCAGUGGGAUGUGUGCUGUUGAUCAUGUUCAUCAUCCUCUUUGUGAAGUAUAGGAAGAGGCAAUCAUCAAGCACUGUGCCUGGAACCUCUGAUGAGAGAACAAGUCUUCUGAAUGGAGACACUGUACAGUGAUGAUGGGAAAUUUGCUAACAAGAACUGCUGUAUGAGACCCUAGUCUGAUUCUCACCGUUCAACCUGUUGUUGAGUAUUGCGCAGUAUUACAUAAAGACAUCCACUGAUCAUGAAAAGGCCGAUAAGAUCAAAAGUGAGCAAUGUUUAGAAAUUUUGCAGCCUUCUUUGCCAACUGGAUUUACUGGUAUAAAUUGUAAAUGCUGUAUUUUUGGUAAGCAGUUUUCUACAGUUUUUGCUACCAUUUUUAACUUUGAUAUUCAAGCAGAACUAUCAUGCAACAAGUGGAACAAAACUAGGCUCAUGCAUAUCUCAGACUACUAGUAAGUUGAUAAAUGCUGACCAGAUAGUUUACUGGUCAAAGAAGUGAUGACAAACACUUCUUGUUAAUACGAUGCAAGUAUUAAUAAUGAAUGUUGCAGUGAUAGAUCUGUGACACGUGAUUGUUGUACCUGGUACAAAUGCUGCUGUUAAUAGUCCUAUAUUAUAUUUUAUGCAUCCAAUUUAUUAGCUAAAAGCAUUGUCAGAUUACUAGUGAAUGCAUGUACAUUGUAUGUUUGAGAAUUAUAACUAGCUGUAUUUCUUACUGAAAAACUCAGGAAUACAGUGAAAAGUGGUUUUGAUUUUUUGCUAUUGCACAGCAUGACACAAAAAUUUUCAUUAGUGCCUUAUUCCUGAUUGUACUAUAUGUAUACUUCUGUGUUGUGAAAUACGACUGUU